AUCUUCCUUUUGGAGCUUUCCUGUUCUCUCUACCUCUGUCUAAGAAAUUAGUGUUGUAAAAUCCAAAAUCUGAGUUACAUCAUCCAGCUUUUGACCCCACCAACCAACCAAUAAAGGAUGAGCAAAGUCUUCUUAUUCUCUACAGCAAAGCAAUGCUCACACCGUUUUCAUGGAGCUUAAAAGUCUUCAAAACCUAACCAAGGCUUUGAAAUUUCUCAGAGAGAGAGAGUGAAAGAGAUCUACUUUUAGAGUCUAGGGAUUGGCUCUGUUUAGAGAGAGGGAGAGAGAAAGUAGUGUGGGUUCUUGUGCUGUUGUGUUUUGUGCAUCUGUUGUUCUUGGGUUUCUCAGAUUAAACAAAAAAAAAUAGUUUUUAUUAAGAGACAUUGAAUCUCACACACUUCUACACACUCACACGCGGAAAAAAAAGGGUUUAGAUUAAGUGGAAGUGCUAAAAGCGUGUGAAAGCAAAGGUUGAAGAAGAAGAAACUUGAGGGAGGUUUAGGGUCUAUUUGGAUUUAUCUAUCUAAUCUAGAGAAUGAAGCAGAAGGGUAGUAGAGAGAGAGGUGUUGUGGUAGGGAAGAAAGUAAUGGUGGCUGUUAGAGCUUCAAAGGAGAUCCCUAAAGCAGCUCUUCUUUGGACUUUAACUCAUGUUGUCCAACCUGGAGAUCGAGUUAGGCUUCUUGUUGUUGUUCCUUCCAAUUACACAAGUAAAAAAAUUUGGGGAUUUUCUAGAUUCACCAGCGACUGUGCUUCAGGCUAUGGUAGAUUUCUUGCUGGGACUGAUACAGAUCGGAAGGAUGAUAUUCAUGAGUCUUGUUCUCAGAUGAUGUUCCAGUUACACAAUGUUUAUGAUGCAGACAAGAUAAAUGUCAGAAUCAAAAUUGUUUUUGCUUCACCUUAUGGAGUCAUUGCUGCUGAAGCCAAAAAAUCAAACUCAAACUGGGUCAUUCUUGACAGGGGACUGAAGUAUGAGAAGAAAUGCUGUAUGGAGCAGCUAGAGUGCAACCUUGUGGUGAUCAAGAAGUCACAGCCAAAGGUUAUUCGUCUCAACUUGGUGAAAAAUGCAGAUACAGCGCAUCCACAAGCUGUUUCCACCUUAACUUCAAAGUCUGUGAGAAGCUCAAGACAAGGAAAAAAGCUGAGGGAACCGUUUGUGACUCCAGCCAGCAGUCCAGACCAAGAAGGUUCUUCUUCACAUACCACAACCGAUAUGGGAACAACUUCAUCUAUAUCUAGCUCUGAUGCAGGAGCUUCACCGUUUCUUGCCUCUCAAGUCUUUGAGGGACUCAAUCCAUGGGUCAGUGAUGGAAACAAGAGUUUCUUUGAAUCUAAUUCUGACUCUGAUGGUGAUAAGUGGAGUCCUUUAUCAAUGGCUUCCUCAUCUGUGACAGCAUCUGUUGUCGUGAGUCCUAGUGGGGACUUGUUUAAACCUCACACAGAAACUCCAAGAAAAUCAAGAUUUGCUUCGGUUCUGAGACUCGGUUCGUCUAGGAAAGAGCCUGAAGCGGGAAAGGAGAUCCGUAACUCUGAUACAUGCUUAAACAAAAGCGUGAGAGAAGUUGUUUCUUUAUCAAGAAAGCCAGCUCCUGGACCUCCUCCGCUGUGUUCAGUAUGUCAACACAAGGCACCUAAGUUCGGAAACCCUCCAAGAUGGUUCACUUAUGGCGAGCUUGAGACAGCAACUAAAGGUUUCUCUAAAGGGAGUUUCUUGGCUGAAGGUGGGUUUGGUUCUGUUCACAGAGGAACGUUACCAGAUGGUCAGAUCAUUGCUGUGAAGCAAUAUAAGAUUGCUAGUACACAAGGUGACAGAGAGUUCUGCUCUGAAGUUGAGGUCUUGAGCUGUGCACAGCAUCGGAACGUUGUGAUGCUUAUUGGACUAUGCGUGGAAGAUGGGAAGAGGCUGCUCGUUUAUGAGUAUAUCUGCAAUGGGUCGUUGCAUUCUCAUCUCUAUGGUUUGGGAAAAGAGCCGUUAGGAUGGUCAGCGCGGCAAAAGGUUGCGGUUGGAGCAGCGCGUGGGUUGAGAUACCUUCAUGAAGAAUGCAGAGUAGGUUGCAUCGUUCAUAGGGACAUGCGUCCUAACAAUAUUCUCCUCACUCAUGAUUUUGAGCCUUUGGUUGGAGAUUUUGGGCUUGCGAGAUGGCAACCAGAAGGAGAUAAAGGAGUUGAAACUAGAGUGAUUGGAACUUUCGGGUACUUGGCACCUGAAUAUGCACAAAGUGGACAGAUUACAGAGAAAGCAGAUGUUUAUUCAUUUGGGGUUGUUUUAGUUGAGCUUAUCACAGGAAGAAAAGCUAUGGACAUUAAACGUCCUAAAGGUCAACAAUGUCUCACAGAAUGGGCAAGACCGUUGUUGCAGAAACAAGCUAUUAAAGAGCUUCUUGAUCCACGGCUAAUGAACUGUUACUCUGAACAAGAAGUUUACUGUAUGGCGCUAUGUGCUUACCUAUGCAUUCGCCGUGACCCUAACUCUAGGCCACGAAUGUCUCAGGUGUUACGGAUGUUAGAAGGAGACGUUGUCAUGAAUCCAAUGUAAAACCUUCAGAAGGGAAAGGGUCUUCUCAUGGAGUUUGUAGACUACUUAAUACCUUUCUUGUUUAAGAGUUUUUUGUACUUGUAAAAUGUAAAAGUCAAAGAUUCAAGUCAUGUCUGUUUGCUGAGAAUUUUGUGUAGGUGAAGUUUGUAAUGUAAUAUGCAUGUAUUUUAUAAGAUUGCUGCAAAAACUAUUAUGAAACAUCAAAAAUAUGGGCUACUCCAAAGUAGAAGACUUGAUUUUUUUUUCUU